GAAGUGUACCCUGCUACCUGAUGCUUUUUGGUUGUCAGUACCUGUACGGGUGUUAAUUUUCGAAGGAAUGUGAAGGUUGUGGACAAAAUGGGGUUUCGACAUGCAUUGCAAUAGAAAGAUUACGCCCUUCUGAAUCUAUCAACACCAGAACUAUACGUGUGUUUUACAUAUUGGGAUCAUAAACCAGUUAAGAAUUUCGGUUUUACAUGUAAACAAUGGCGAAUUCCUACUUUCGUUUUCACCACUGAGAAGUAAUCUAUUUUUAGCAAUUAGCUAAAUUGCAUGUGAAUUUAUUGUGAUUUCCCCUGUUUAACUUAUGCAAAUAUCUGCAGCAGCAUCGUAUAUGAUUACGAAUUGAAAGAAAAAUGGGACCGAAGCAGCAGCCUAAAAAGUCUUUAGAUUCACCAAGAAAUAUUGGCGGGUCACUGACGAAGAAACGGAAAAGCAGUGAUAAUGAAUACAUAACGGAAGAUGAUCAAGAUUAUCAAGAUGACCAAGAGGAUCAUCAAGAGGAAGAAAUUACCGACAACUUAAGUCAAAAAACAAAUGCACCAAGUACUUCCAAGAGACAUAGAACUGGAAACUAUGAAGACAGACGUGCCCAGCCUCUGGAAAGGGAGGCGGUUACAGUUGAUGAUAUCGCUGGGCCAAAAACAAAAAAGAAAGUACCCCCAAAGUCGCUUACAUUACAAAUUUUCACAUCCGUCUUAAUGUAUCAACUUCUGAUAACCAUCACCUGUGUUAUUUUGGUGAAUUACUGCUCUGUAUCCAUUCUCAGCAACAGUGUUCCUACUACUGUACAGGAUGGAGAACAAAAACUAAAAGCUAUGGAUACUGAGUUAGAAAAACUAAAGAAAGCGGUAUCGGACACAAAACGUCUAUAUGAGGAGUAUAAACACAAAGUGCUACAGCUGGACGACAUACGAUCCAGAAUCGAUGUUAUGCAACAAAACAUGUUUAACAAAGACAGUUUCAAAAUGGCCUUUAUGAUAUUGAUAGUAAUGGUGUUUGUGCUGGCUGUAUCCGUAUAUAACCUGUACCAACGUUCAAAUAAUGACAUUCCGGUGCGGACAGGCGGACGAACAACAGCUAAACAGAGGAACAACUUGGGUAACAAUGAAGUCCUGAGAAUGAUUCCUGGUGGAGCAGAGCUUGAAGCUGGGGUAUGUAUCAUCAGCUUUGACGAAUCAAGGACGGCAACUCACAGACGUAUACUUGAUUCAGCAAACGUUCCAAACUGUAGAGUACAAGUUCACGUUAUAAGAAAACACGAGCACAUUCCAGAACUACCCAGAUGUAAAGUGUACCUGAUGUGUACAGAGUUUUCUGAAAGACAUGUUAUAAUCGAGGAACCGGGUAAAGGAUUGGGAGAUCUUCACAGAACUACAUACGAUGCAGUCAUGAAACUUGGAGGUUGUCUAAUAAUCCUGUACACAAGAGACCCAGGUUCAAGAAAUUUGAAAGAUCAGGUUCAAUAUAAUAAGAAUAUAUAUUGUGUAGCAAAUCAGCCGGAACUCUCAGACCUUAACCAAGAUGGCCGCUUCUUCAGCCUCUAUGAUAAUCUCAGUCAUUAUCAAAAGUCUGAACUAAGGAGAAAGAUCACUGAAAAUAUGACAUAAUUCUUAGAUAUUAAUUAUUUUAAGCUAUUUGUUAAAACAUUUUUCACUACAAAUCGUUUAAUGUUGUGUUUGCCAUACACAGUAUCUAGUUAUUCUGGAAGUUGGCAAUUCGGUGAAGUAAUUAUAGUACUAAUAUAUAUCUAGUAUGCUUAAAUUUAAUUUCAUGGAAUUCUGAAUAAUAACAAUUGUUUGAUUUUUGCACAUAAUUUUGGGAACUUUAUUAUCAACAUUACAAACGUGUGUUUAAGUGACAGGCGUAGUUACCUUUUAUAUUGUUGGACUAUAGGUAUGGUAUAUAUUAUGGCUUUAUAUAAUUGAUGUACAGGCACUAAAUAGCAGAAUGGUGCGAACAAAAUGGGCAGCAUAACGGCGAAAUCCAAUAGUUCUGGGUGUGUUGCACUGAAGUACACUUCAAUAUCAUUGAAAUUACUUGCUGAAAGCACAUGGCAGGUCUCUGCUAGACAUUAUGAUAGCAAUUCAUGAAAUAAUUGCACAUUAGAAUUUAUUGUGGAAUUCCAGAAACAUACACAGCCAGUAUAAGUCUGUCUCAAUAGUUGCCGAUUUUUAAGUGUGUUUGACGUGACCACUAGUGAUGUUCCGAUAGUCGCCGAUGUUCGAUUAAUCAUCGCCAAAGUUUAAAAAUCGGCGACAUAGAUUCUGAUCAAAAAGAAUCGAUUCUAGUCGCUGACUUUGUUAAAAAAUUCAGUAAAAUCCCGCUUUCAGGACUUUUUCAGAUACUUCUCGCUGUUUAGCUUAGAUACUUUUGCUCUUAUAAUCUUUGGGUUAGUAGUUCAAAAUAGCUGCUCUUUAAAUUGAAGUACGCUGUCAGGUCAGCUGUCAUGAUCGUAAUAAUAAUAAAAUUUUGUUGCCCUGGCAGUAAAAAAUCAGACGCCUUGAAAUAUUUUGGGUUCUGCAUGAAUCCUGAAUGCCGGGUGUUGGCUCCUUGUAAGGAAAAACCUUUAUACUACUAGAGCUGUUUACAAAAUAUGCUUUUAAGCGUACAUUAACGAAAAUACCCCACCCACAUUUUUUCUAAUUGGAAAUGAUUUUCAGAUUUUAUUUGACAAGCUUUUAUUAUUCCUUCAAUACAAAAUAGUGGAUUUACCUUAAAAAAUGGUAAAAUUAAUUAAUUCCAGACCUGCCAGCAAUGUCCCCAGCAUAUAUUCCAUAGCAAAGUUUGGCAGUGUAUCUAGCAUGACUUGAAUCCCAGGCCUUGAGUCAUAUAGAAAAGAUGAAUUCUAGUUACUUUUGCAUUUGGUCCAAUAGUUCUUCCCAGAUUGCAGUUUGGACUUUGAAAAGCAAAUAUUUGCGUUAAGGACUGCCUCUACAGUGAAAUAAAAAAUCCCAUCAAGACAAAUAUUUUGAAUCAAGAUCUAACCAGCAGAUAGGUUAACAGCCGGUGAAAGAUUCGAACAACUGGGCUAUAAUUGCCUAACAGUUGCUUUAGAAAAGCUGUACAGUACAGCAGCUGAGCUGUGUCAUAGAAUUCGUCAAGUAGUCAUACAAUAAUCUGAAAGUCUUGAGAAAGGCUUGCUGUUACUACCAUAUUGCCACAUUACAAAAGUCUGUAUUGAUCUUUCGGCUCCGAUUCUUUCGAUUAAUCGAAUCGGAGAGAGAUCAGAAUCGGACCGAUUAAUCGAUUCUGCUUCAGCUGUCCGAUUCUCAUCACUAGUGACCACCUACACUUUUGUAUUAACUUUAUUGAGCUCAGACAAGGAUCUUCAAGCAAGUACAUGAUAAGCUAGCAGAUACGUAAUGACAAUUGGAAAUUUCCAUUCGAUAAUAUAAGUUCAGUAUUCGGUUUCCGGUAGGACAUUAUCAUCUGAGGAAUGCCGAAACGCCAUGCAAGAAUACGAGUAAUACCCCAGUCGCAUACGGCGCGGAUAGCUACGUCUAUGGAUAGAAACGUAGUAAUCCAUAUCGAUACGUACCUGAGCCGUACGGAUUGAUACUAGUUACUACUUUAUGGUACGGCUCAGGUAUGGAUCGAUACGGAAUACUACGUUUCUAUCCAUGGCCAGACGUAGCUAUCCGCGCCGUAUGUGUGACUGGGCCAGUGGGGUAUUAAGAAUACUAUCUGGUCCACUUCCUGAAAAACAUGAAAGGGUUCUGCUUUGAUCUGUAGAUGGUUUUUCCUCAAAGUUGUCAGCAUUUUGCAAGUGUUUGUCUGUUGGUAUACAUGAGGUAACAAGUGAUUGGUCAGGGACCACAAUUUGUGAUGACCGCUUGGUGUAAUGAUUUGUUGUGUGUAAUGUUUGCAAGUGCCUUAUUGGCUAUCACUAUGUAUAUUGUAACUUUUUUUGCUUUUGUUUGAUCGCUUGGCGAAGCGUAACGCCAGUUUUGUAUGAUAAGUCAAUGAAGUCAUUUUAGUUAUAUUCACAAAUGGUCGUGAAUGCACUGUGAUUGAAUGUAAAAGACUUGUUUAGAUUCCCUAGUAUUUUUUUUAUUAAUCGAAAUCGGUUGUUGUCUGCAUCAAAUUUCUAUAGUUUUUGGAUGCAUCCUCCUUUGAUUAUUGUUUUAAAAAUCCUUUUAUUUAUAACCUUAGUUGUAAGUGUAGUUGUUUGACGCCAUCGUAUCAUUUCAAAAGAGGGCUAGAAAAAUUUAAAAAAAAUUGUUUUGAUAUACGAUUGUAUAUAGCUGCUUUAAAUAUGAGGAAAUAUUUAAUGUUAAGGAACUACAUUUCUCCAUGAUUUUUCAUGAUUGGUUUUUGUAUUUUUUGCAUGUGUUUGUGGCUUGUUGACAUUUCUAUGAACAAUUACUGUACAGGAUUUGUGCUUUGAUAAACGUUUCUAACGGACAUAUUUUAACAAACUGGCAAAACGUUUCUUAUCACUGCUGUGUGUACAAAUUCGGUAUCCAAAACCUGUAAUAUAUAUGACAUCCAGUUUUGCAUAACAUGCGCAAUGACGCAUGCGUCUGAGUUUCUUUAAUUGAGCCGCACCAUGAGAAAACCAACAUUGUGCAUAUGCGACCACCAGCAUGGAUCCAGACCGGCCUGCGCAUCCGCGCAGUCUGGUCAGGAUCCAUGCUGUUCGAUUUCAAAGCCUAUUGCAAUAAGAGAAACCGUUAGCGGACAGCACGGAUCCUGGCCAGACUGCUCGGAUGCUAAUGGGCUGAUGAUGUAAUUAUCUUUGUAAAUAUGCGUAGAUAACAGUUUUGUAUAAUAAAUGAAA